AUGACAGACAGAGUGGUCUUCAGCACACCCAAAGUCAACAACCAGCGAUCUGCUGCAGUUCCUGCGCUCGCAGGGCCUGUGCUCCCCCCUGAGCCCAUCGACAUCAUCCGCGUUAAGGCCCGCUCGCGGCGAGUCAGGCUCAAUGUCGGAGGUCUCACACAUGAAGUCCUGUGGAGAACGCUGGACAGGCUUCCCAGAACCCGUCUGGGGCGGCUAAGAGACUGCAACACCCACGAGUCGCUGCUGGAGAUCUGCGACGACUACAGCCUCAACGAGAACGAGUACUUCUUCGACCGGCACCCGAUGGCCUUCUCCUCCAUCCUCAACUUCUACAGAACGGGGAAGCUGCACAUGAUGGAGGAGAUGUGCGCCCUGUCCUUCGGCCAGGAGCUGGACUACUGGGGGAUCGACGAGAUCUACCUGGAGUCGUGCUGCCAGGCGCGGUACCACCAGAAGAAGGAGCAGAUGAACGAGGAGCUGCGGAGGGAGGCCGAUACGCUGAGGGAGAACGAGGGGGAGGAGGAGGAACAUGGCUGCUGGCCCGACAAGAGACAGAAGCUCUGGGAUCUGCUGGAGAAACCCAGCUCCUCUGUGGCUGCAAAGUUUCUGGCUAUGAUCUCCAUCCUAUUCAUCAUCAUUUCCACCAUCUCGUUGUCCCUAAACACCCUGCCGGAGCUCCAGGUGGUAGAUGAAUUCGGCCAGUUCAAUGAUAACCCCAGCCUAGCCCAUGUGGAAGCUGUUUGCAUUGCCUGGUUCACCAUGGAGUAUGUGCUGCGCCUGCUCUCAGCACCCAACAAAUGGGAUUUCAUCAAAGCCCCACUGAACAUUAUUGAUUUGCUGGCUAUCCUGCCUUACUUUGUGACCCUCUGCCUAACUGAGUCUAACAAGAGCGUUCUGCAGUUCCAGAACGUGCGCCGUGUGGUCCAGAUCUUCCGAAUUAUGAGGAUCCUGAGGAUCUUGAAGCUAGCCAGGCACUCGACAGGACUCCAGUCAUUGGGCUUCACUUUGCGAAGGAGCUAUAAUGAGUUGGGUCUACUGAUCCUCUUUUUAGCCAUGGGCAUUAUGAUCUUCUCUAGCUUGGUGUUUUUUGCUGAGAAGGACGAGGACGCCACCAAAUUCACCAGUAUCCCUGCCUCCUUCUGGUGGGCUACCAUUACUAUGACCACUGUUGGUUAUGGAGACAUCUACCCACAAACCCUGCUGGGCAAGAUUGUAGGAGGGCUCUGCUGCAUAGCAGGUGUGUUGGUCAUUGCCCUUCCUAUCCCUAUCAUUGUCAACAACUUCUCUGAGUUCUACCGAGAGCAGAAGAGGCAGGAGAAGGCCGUCAAGAGGAGGGAAGCUCUUGAGAGAGCAAAACGGAGUGGAAGCAUUAUUUCUAUUAACCUAAAAGAUGCUUUUGCACGCAAUAUGGAACUUACAGAUGUGUUGGUGGAAAAAAAAGAGGACAGUAAGUGUCCUGUGGACAAUCGGCCAUCACCUAGCCGCUGGAGCUACCACAAUAACUACUCCAAUGCAGAGGUGGGUAGCCCAGGCAAGUCCCAUUACAGGGAAGUGGCUCAGCUGGGGUCCCCUGAACGAGUCAAGACUUCAUCUGAUAAAACUUCCCCUCAAAACCUAAGCGCAAAGCGACUGGAAGACGCUUACAAUAAGACUGCAACCAUCCAGGAGCAGCAGGAGAACAUUACAAAGGAGCAGAUGGAGAUGAAAACGUUAUCUUCAACUCAAGCCCGACAAACUUCGUCUGAAGUAAACAUUUCCAGGAAAUUCUCUAAUGUCGCUGAGGAGUUUUCAGUGGAAAGAGGAGAAAGAAGCUCUCUGCUCCCAAGUGCUGAAGGGAGUCAAGCUGGAACUAGAAACCAGCGCAUCCCCCCUCCCUUGGAUCUAAGUCAGAUCAGCACCAUGGAAGUGAGCAAGGGCCCUGACAGCAUCCAGCCAAUGACCAUCAUUAAAGAGGGUUUGUAUGAGUUUCUGUCUAGCCCCAAAGCAAGCGGGACUAGAGAUAUGGGUUUGGUGCCACAGAGCAAGGAAAGCGUUGGGGUGACUUAUGACAGCAACUGCAGUUCCUUGCAAGAUUACAGCAGCCCUAUAAAGCCAAGAGCCCACAAGGUCGACUUCAUUGGAUCCAAAGAUGACGUGCUAAUGGUGCUGAUGACACCUGUAGCGAAACAAGCCUCCGCUGGCUCAGCCAAGCUAGCUCAACUGCUUUCUGACGACAUGGUUUCCAGGUUCUCCCCCUCUUCUACCUCCGUAACCCAGGAAGCUAAGUCUCCGCUGGCGAUUCUGCAAUCUCCGUGUCCGGCCCAGCAAUCUGUCAGUCCAAGCAACCCCCAGGGGGGAGGUGAGAGCUCAGUAGCCAGGAGAUUAGAAGGUGAAGGACAGCUCACAAGCUUAAGCCACCAGGGGACGAAUCACAUGGAAAGCUCUGCUGUCGGCUCAGGCAACAAUGCUAGCCCACUUUCCAAAGCCAGCCCCCUCAACUGCACCCAGGAGUUGGCAUUUAUGGAAGGAGGGGAAGAAGGAGAAGGAAGAGAGGGAGCAGAACAGAGUGGGGAGAAACGAGAAAAUCACAUUGUUCUAGACAGAAGCGCCACACCACCCUGUGAAACGAGCAUGUGA